AUCUUGAAGGAUCAAAAAAAAAGAAAAAGAAAUACAAGGUACUUUUGCUUCUCGGUGGCGAUUCCAGGACCGUUUUUUGGCUCACCGUUUGUUCUCUUGCCUCGAGCAGGGCGGGAAUCUCACUUCUAUCCAUUUCGGGUGGUAGAUCGAAAAAGAAACACGGCCUACUUGCUCUAUAUAUGAAGCUAGAAACGAUACGUUUGUGUCAUGUCUUUCUCGCCAAUCCUCAUAGCAUUCGAGCAUCCAAAGUCGGCUUUCAUUUCCAUCAAGGCAUCCAAGUCAAGAUCAUUUAAUCUUAUUCCAUCUCAUAUCUCGACCUGUGCCAAACAUAAGAAAGUUAGAAAUGGUUCAAUCCACCAGUUCAAACGGCGGCACCUCCAGCCGUGAAUUCGGUCUCUCCUUUGAAAUCUCUCCCCCAGCCGCUGUGCGCCCUCGAACCCCCUUCACACUUCCAUUGAUCGUUGCUGUGCGACCAGUCGGCAAUCCAUCGGGCGGUUCCAUUCAGCAACUGGUUGUCAACGCCUCCCUCCGCAACGAGUCCGGGUCUGCCUCUGCUCCAGGGCUGUCCGGGGGGCUGACGUCCAGUGUACGCAGUCGCCAGGGGAAUACAAUCAGCGGGUUUGCUAGGUUCAACAGCCUGACGAUCCAACAGCCCGGUCGAUACCGCAUUCGGGUGAUGCUGGGGGCCGCGUCUGCGAAUGGCGUCGUCACGAAGACGUACGUGGAUUCGGGUGUAAUCAAUGUCCAUGCUGCUGCGGGGACGCAACGUCCGACUGCGGUGGAGGUAGGAAGACUCCAGCGCCUCGUACCGGAGAACCUCGACAUCACGACGGCAGACAUCACAAGAUGGCAGAACGCAUAAGGGGAUGGUGAAAGAGGAAUCGAGGCCUGGCAAGACACGAUUAGGGAUGGAGAAUAUAUAGACUGCCCUCGCGGGUGCUGCAAGUAGUUAUACUUAAGUAAUAGUCAAUCUUUUAGUUAUAUAUCACUCACUUUAGUUAUC